AUGGCAAGUUUAAUGUAUUUCUUGGUGUUCUCUUUGGGUAUAAUUAUCCAAAUCACCCAUUCUCAUGGCACCAUGAUGACAUGCUUACCAAAGAAACAUGCUGCCCUAUUCAUAUUUGGAGAUUCCCUAUUUGAUAACGGAAACAACAAUUACAUUAAUACCACUACCGGUUAUCAAGCAAACUUUCCUCCCUAUGGAGAAACUUUCUUCAAGUAUGCCAGUGGCAGGUUUUCUGAUGGACGCAUGAUACAAGAUCACGUUGCUGAGCUUGCCGGUUUGCCUCUACCUCCUCCAUACCUGCAUCCUGGUAACCCUGAAUAUAUCUAUGGUGUCAAUUUUGCGUCGGCUGGGGCUGGUGCUCUGCGUGAAUCUAAUAAAGGAUACGUGAUAGACCUCAAAACUCAGGCGAGUUAUUUUAGAAAUAUAAAGACUUUAUUGAGGAAGAGACUGGGAGAUGCAGAAGCCGAGGAAUUGCUAUCCAAAUCUGUUUACUUGUUUAGCAUUGGAGCCGAUGACUAUGGUUAUCUUCUGGACCCAGAGUCCGGUGUGCAUCGACGUCCUGGUGAUGAUCAACAAUUUGUGGAUAACGUAAUGGGAAACAUCACAGAAGUUAUCAAGGAAAUUUAUAACCUAGGUGGAAAGAAAUUUGGGUUUGUCAAUAUGGGUCCAGCGGGCUGUUCCCCAGGCAUAAGGUAUUUUAUCAAUAAUGGAAGCACAGGUCCAUGCUACGAAGAAGUUUCAGCAAUCGCAAGACUACACAACUAUAAACUCUCAAAAAUGCUUCAAAAGCUAGAGAAACAGCUUAAAGGGUUCAAGUAUUCCAUCAACGAUUUCUACAGUGCAGUUUCUCAAGUCAUGAAUUAUCCUUCAAAAUAUGGCUUCAAAGAAGUGACUGCGGGAUGUUGUGGAGGUGGAGCAUAUAGAGGAGAUGAUAGCUGUGGAGGGAAGAGAGGGAUAAAAGAAUAUGAGUUGUGUGACAAUGUGAAUGAGUAUUUGUUCUUCGACUCUCUUCAUCCUACUGAUAGAGCUAGUCAGCAUUUCGCCCAGUUGAUUUGGAAUGGAAGUCCCACUGUCACAAGGCCUUAUAAUUUAAAACAGCUUUUCGAUUUUUGA